AUGGUGAUCGGGAACCGAGAUUUUUCGACUUUCAGGAGUAAGAGUACCAAGAGCACUAAGAGUGACUCGGGGAACGGGGACGAUGCGUCCAUAGGCACGCACGAGAGCUCGUACGAGCACCCUCUGGCCCGCAAAGGCUACGAUAUUGGCCCCGCGUCGAGAUGCGAGGUCGGCGACGUCUUUGAGUUUCUCUGGGCAGACUCGCACGAGUUCGAGUGGGAGUGGAAGUGCCUUGGCUACACGCGCUUCAUCGUCCUUCGACACAGCGACACUUUUCCGCACUACUGCCACUGUGUUCCUAUCUCCACCCCCACGAAAAAUGACUUCCAGAAGCCCGGAAUCGACUCGAGCCAGCAGGGCUACGUCUUUGACGAAAACGACCGCACCCCGCCCUUCGAUCGUCUCCCCUUCUCCCCCGUCGGCAUGCAGCUCCGUCCGGGCAAGUUCCGCGUGAAAGAAAACUCACGCGCAAACUACGCCGACGUGCUCGAGAUCGACCACGAUGCACAAGUCAUGGUCGUCGGCGACUACCGCCAGGGCAAGCUCGUCGGCAAAAAGGGCGCCAAGCUCGAGGCGAGC